GGACACAAUUACCAGCUGCUAAUGAUGAAGAGAAAUGCAAAGAGCAGCUUCAUCAAUGCACACGUUUUUCCAGGCGGUGUCGUAGAUAAGCAAGAUGAGGCAUGGAAAUUCGAUAGCGUUUCAGAACUUACAAGCAAAAUUUGUGCGAUUCGAGAAACGUUUGAAGAAUCGGGCCUUUUGUUGACACAUCCGCCUGCACAUACUGUGUUUAAAGAUGCAGCUGCUAGAGAAGCAUGGCGUGAACGUGUCCACAACGACGCUUCGCAGUUCAAAGUCCUGUGCGAAACAUACAAACUGGUACCUGCAGUUGAUACACUGAUUCCAUUUGCAAAUUGGAUAACUCCUGCGGUCGAACGUCGGCGUUACAACACACAAUUCUUUCUCACGGUGCUCGAUCCCUCGAUCGCUGUUCAAGAAACAACUGUGGCUGAUGGCAAGGAAUUAGUCCAGCUUGAUUGGUUCACACCCGAAGAAGGUAUGAUCUCUGUGAAGAUAACUUUCGUAGGAGUGCUUGUGCCCGGGUGCCGUCAUAUUAAGGAUCGUCAUAGCAAUCAAGUAAUCCUAAUAUUUUGGUAUGUAGCAUUGUCGGUAUGGCGUGAGCAUAAAAUCGUCCUGUUCCCACCUCAAUGGUAUUGUCUUCACACCAUGGCAUCUUUUAAGGACUACAAUAAUAUUGCCAACAAAGCCGGUGUGGGUGCAUUGAGAACAAGCGAUGGACGUAUCUCGACUGUGAUGCCACAGCAGGGUAAAGUUAAAGAAACUGAUACUGCUAGAGCAAAGGAGGGCUACCAUUCUUUCUUGGCAUAUCCUGGCGAUGAGACCUACCUAGACAUUUGGACGGGCAAGCCGUCUGGUCAAGCCGGUGAUCGUCAUCGCAUUUAUAUCCGUGGUCGUAUGCAAGACUUUGAUUUGGAGAAGAACGUCAAUGUACCUGAACCAAAGGCUAAACUUUAG